AUGCCUCGUGCAGCUUCUGGAACGUCGAAGAAAGCAAGCAAAGAUCCAAAUGCUCCAAAACGACCAUUAUCAGCAUUCUUUCUCUUUUCACAAGAUGAACGACCUGAUAUUAAGAAAAAGAAUCCAUCCUUGUCUGUUGGAGAUAUUUCCAAAGAAAUCGGCGCACGAUGGAAAAAAGUCAGUGAUGAUGUGAAAAAACGUUAUGAACAAAAAGCAGGUGUUGAAAAACAAAAGUACGAACAACGUCUUUCGGAAUACAAAAAGAGUGGUGGCGGUGGCGGUUCACCGGCUAAAGCUACUAAAGGUGGAGCAAAAGCACCAGCCAAGAAAUCACCAAAGAAAGCAGCACCCAAGAAGGGCGCAUCAAAAGCAAAAUUAAACAAUGACACAUUUGUAUAUGCAGAUUUGUCGAAGAUGGAGUCUUGUGAUGUGGAAAUUUACACCGAAUUAUUACGAGUACAAAACUGUCUAACGACGCCUAUGUAUAUCGAAACAACACGUUGUGACGGUCAAUGUUAUUCAGAAGAAUUGUUAACUGAUGAUUGGGAUGCGGAGUCUACGGCACAACAACAUCAUCGUCUAGUAAACUGUUGUUCGCCGAAUGUAACCAUCCACCGGCAGAUUUCAGUUACAUGCGAUGAUCAACAACAACGAAUCAUCCAAUAUCCUCAGAUCACUCGAUGUGAGUGCAAAUCCUGUCGUGGACGUUGUUAG